AUAAUCUCUCCUUCCCAAAUCCAUCAUUGAUUAAGGGCAAGAUCUUACGCAUUUUUAGACAGAAAAAAGUUAUACAUUCCCCAGCAUCCCCCAGCUGAAAUGGCUUUUUGUGCCUGAACAUGCCAAGGACUGUUCCCUAAAUAGCACUGGGAAAAGCAAUAGUCAUAAAUGAAUCCUAUGUUAAAAGCUUUUGGAAAAUGAAAUGCUCUUAAUUCUGCAGCCUACUUUGUCUGGAGUUCAUAAAUCUAAAGUUUACUUAGUUGUAAACGGCCCAGCAGUACAGAAAUGAUGAUGAUGAUGAUAGAUAAGAAGUUUGGCUGCAUGUGAAGGAGUUUGGAGAGGAUGGUCAACAACUUCCCAUGUUGUUUCUUCACUACAUGCUUAAGCAGAACAUCAUUAACAUUUCAUGCUCAAACAACACAACUCAAAAAUAUUUCUUGUUGAAAUUUGAAUGCAUUUCUUGUCUGCAGAAGAUGAAUGGAUGGGUUUUCUCUUCUCUUUAAAAUGAGGGAAGUAAAUGCAGUACACAUGCAUGGCCUUUAAAUAGUUCUAUUUAUUGAUUGAUUGAUUUAAUUUCUUUACUGCCCACAGCUCUCUGGGCAGUUCAGAACAGUUAGCACAGUUAGCUCUGGGUAACACUGUUUCCUCCAGUUCUUCAGCAAAAAGCUCUGUGGUUCCUGGUUAUUUCACUCCAUGCUACCCAUUCUCAGACCUGCAAAAUGUCCCUAAUGCAAUCCUGCAAUAAACUCCUAGAGCAGCUUUCUCCAACUUGUCACUCUGCAGGUAUAAUCUAAUACAUCUGGAAGGUACCAGGUUGAGGAAGCUGUCCUAGAAUCUGUUGAUUCUACUGUGCUAACCUGAGACCUUGUUCCCUUUUCUGAUUGGUGGUUGUCAACAUCCAUGAUACAUCAUUUAACUUCUCCUGCAAGCUGGGAUGAAGCCUGGAAGGGACCUCACAAUGGCCUCAAGAGAAGCAGUGAUGCAAGAGCUUUUGCUGACUGCCUUAGAAGAGCUUAGCGAAAAGGAAUUAACCAAUUUUAAGUUCAAGCUGCGUUACGCAGACACUCCCACAGGUGAGAAAAUUCCUAAGGGACGGCUGCAGGAUGCAAAUCGGGAGCAGCUAGCGGAGUUUCUGGUAGACUACUAUGAGGACAAGGCUGCUGCCCUGACAGCAGCUAUCUUGGAAGAGAUGGGUCUUAAGUUCAUUGCUUCUGAUCUCAACAAAGCGAUGGGGAUGCAAGUUCAAGAUUACAAAAAGAAGUAUGCACAGAAUGUGAUCGACGAAUACUGGGAGAUAGAAGACAGCAACUGCCUCUUGGGUGAGAGCACCCCUUUGUCUGAACGCUAUGUAGAGUUGCUUAUUGUCAGAAAGCAUCGGCCCCAGAUGCAGAGGGAGCAUGAACUGACUGCCACGGGCAGGCUGCACAUGUCGAUCCUGGAAGCCAGUGCUGCUGAUCACACAUCAACUGACAUCAAGGACCUUUUUGAUCCUGACGAAUCAGGAAGAACCCCGAGGACCGUGGUGAUGCAAGGAUCUGCAGGGAUCGGUAAAACAAUGACUGUGCAGAAGAUCAUGUUGGAUUGGGCUUCCGGAGACCUCUAUUCAGAUCUAUUUGAUUAUGUGUUCUGUAUUCGCUGCAGAGAACUGGACCUUGCUGGAGAGGCCAGUAGUCUGGCUGAUCAUAUUGCAAAAUGGUAUCAAGACACUCCUGCCCCAGUGAAAGAAAUCUUAGCUCACCCUGAAAAGCUGCUUUUCAUCAUUGAUGGCUUUGAUGAGCUUCAUUGCUUUUUAGAGCCUGCGAGAGACCAUUUGUGUGAUGAUCCUUAUUCAAAGGUAUCCAUGGAAGCUCUUUUGAGCAGCCUGCUGAGGAAGGAGCUCCUACCAAAGUCCUCCCUGUUAAUCACCACAAGGCCUGGUGCUGCAGAGAGACUGCAGGGAUACCUGAAGUUUCCUAGAUUCACUGAGAUCCUUGGAUUCUCUGAAAAAGGUCGCCGGAAAUAUUUUUUCAAGUUUUUUGAUAACAAGCAAGCACUUAUAGCUCUGAGCUUUAUUGAAAAUAAUUCUGUGGUGUCCACCAUCUGCUUCAUCCCCAUGGUUUGCUGGAUCAUCUGUUCUGUCAUUAAAGUAGAAUUGGAAAGUAAAGAUGAGAUUACAGACACCAUGGACACCACAACAAAAGUCUUUGUGCAGUUCUUGCACAAUCUCCUUAAGCAUGAGUCUAAGAAAUGGAAGACAUUCCCUUUGAAUGAGUUCAGAAAACUCUGUUUCUUGGCACGAGCUGGUGUAUUGGGACAGAAAAUCCUCUUUGAGGAAAAGGAUCUCAAGGAACAUAAUCUGGAAACUUCUGUUCUUAAAGAUCCAUUUCUAGACAGAAGAGCCUUCCGGAAGGUGAUUGGCCGACACAGCCUCUACAGUUUUCUCCACCUCUGCUUUCAGGAAUUUUUUGCUGCUGUGUCGUAUAUUCUGCAGCAGGAGCCAACAGAAGAGCAGGCUAACAAUAUGGAGGAUCUGAAGACACUCUUAGCUGAGUACGGGAAGCCAGGCAAUGAGCAUUUGACACUAACCGUGCGCUUCAUAUUUGGCUUGAGCAAUGAAGAUGUAUGCACCUUCCUUGAGCAAACACUGCAGUGCAAGACAUCUAACCUUGUGAAGCCUCUCUUAUUUCAGAAAGUAGAAGAAGUAGCUUCUGAAAAUCCACCCCGAAAAGGCUAUCAUCUUCUGGAGUUUUUGCAUUGUCUGUUUGAGAACCAAGAAGCAGAAUUUGCCAAGUGUGUGAUGCAUCGCUUCCAGGAAAUCAACUUUUCUUUUAAGACACUCUCCAUGCUAGACUGCAGGGCCCUGGCAUUCUGCUUGCAGCACAGUACCAUCAAGGAUCACUCCCUUGAUCUAACCUAUUGCAGGUUGAAAUCUCAUCACCUUGAGGCUUUACGGCCAGGAAUACAAAACUCUACAACUUUAGAAUUGGGAAGUAACAAACUAGGAAACUCAGGAGUGCUCGUUCUCUGCACCAUUUUCAAGGAACUGGGUUGUAACGUGACGACUCUGAGCCUUGCUGAAAAUUACCUCACAGAUGCGUGUGCCCAGGAACUUUGUACCACCCUGAGCACCAGCCAGACACUGAAGUCUCUCCAUCUUCAGGAUAAUUCCUUCACAGAGGCAUCACUGCCCUUCAUCCGGCAUCUCACAGAGACUUGCACCAGCCUGUCUUUCAUACAACUUCAUCUCUACCACUCCACUGAAGAUUGGGAGAAAAUAGUUUUGGUAAGAGAGGAAGACUAUUCCUGCAAAAACAAGAGAAAAAGUUAACUAACUCAGGACGUCGUGUUUUAUUCUGGUUAUGACGACAGAGUCUCCUGUCUACUGUGGACCAAAAGCAGCCCUAGUACCAAAAGUAGUAUGUUACUGAAGCUGAUGGACUUACUUAUACUUGUUGAAAGGACGUUCAAAAAGCCAGAUGCUUUUGUUAAAAAAGAGAUAUAGCUUUGAGGCCAAAAGUGCAGGGAUAUGAAGUGAAAUUGUUGGAACUGCCUCCUGCUCAAGAACACUGCUGCCCCCUCACUGCCUUGCCCUCAUUCUUUAGGGUUUCUUUCCCUCGCACCAUUUAAUAUAAUACCAUAAUAGACACAUUAGAAAAUGUGAAGGCAAUAAUUGUAAAUUGCUUAAUAUGUAUGAUAGAGAACUUUACGCAUCAGUGACGCAUUAAUCCUGCAUGGAAAGAAUUCAAUUAUAUUAUUAUCUGGAGAAUGAAGGAGUGACUUCAUGCUGCUUCAGACCAUCUCCAAUGUCAAAACAUUGGCUUGGUCUUGAGAUUUGAGGUUUUGAAUUUGGUUUUGGUAUAAUCUGAUUGAGGGUUGCAGGAAAACCCUACAAGAAGAUCCCCUAAAAGAUCCCAGGUUCCUCUUUGAGAGAAUUUUUGACCCAUGAGCAAAAAGAAACCAGAUGUGUGAUUCUGUAACGGCUAAGAUGAAAGUGUCUAGCAGUCCUGAAUUGAAGGCUGCAUCAAUUAAUUGAUAGUUGGCACUGAAAGAAAUAGCUUUGUACAGUAUGGCCAUAUGCCUGCUUUUGGUAUUCCAAGGUCACAGCAAGCUGUGUUCUGAUGUAAGGCUGGGCGACUAAUGUUACAGGAUAGAAAAAAAUUCUCUUUGACACAUGCUGAUUUUGAUUCUGUGCUCAUGCGAUGUACCCACUAAGCUGACAUCCUUACUCAAUGGCUAUUGGUCUAGAAGCCAUAGCAAUGACAUCAACAAUGGCUGGGAGAAAGCGGAAAAUAGAAUUUAGAUGUAAGGUCUUAGAAUAACAUUUAUAAUGGAGCCAUGUAAAAUUAACCCCUUAGGUCCCAGAAAGUAUUUAAAGUUCAAUCCUAUUGCCUUCUGACAUCACCAGGGUGGAGCAGAGAGAGACUUGUUCUUAAUCGAGCUCCAAAUGUCCUGAGGCCUCAGUGCUGGGACUCCAAAGGUCAAGCCCCUGCUCAGCCAUCUUUGCAGCUGAUGUGGCUCUGACUGCCUCUCCAAAGUCAGAAACCCUCGGGUUAUGGUCACCAUAGAAGUAGAAUGAAAUGGUGCUGUAGCCGCACCCACUGCCACACACCAAAUUCAUGUAAGUGUAGGAGUUUGGUGGGGGGUCAUAGGAUUGCACCUUUAAUUUUUACUUUUAGACUUUGAUUUUAUUAAAUUGGCUUCUGCAUUUAGACACCAAGUUUAAUCCAUCACAUGGCUAGAGUAAUGCUUAAUUUAGCUUUUUACUUUCAAGUAGUGAGCAGGAGGAAGUCAAGGAGAGAUCAAAAAUUUUAGUUUAGCUUUCAAAUGCAAAUACAGUGGAGGAGGAAGUUGUAGAGCCAUCAUAGUAUCCAAACAAACCAUGCUAAGAGCUCAGUUUGCUGUCAUUUUCACGGACAUUUGCAAUCACAGCUUUGCAGUCCUGUGAUUUUUUCAGUUAAUCUUAAAUUCAUAAUAUAUUCAUUUUCACUGCUGUUAAUUUAAUCACUAAGACGCUUCCAAAUUAUGCUUAUGUAAGCACCAAGCUAAUUUUCUUUUGUAAUGUUCUUAAAUAAAGAAUUUAAUGCAUUUCUGCUUACUCA